AUGGGCAUCCUCGGUGCCAAGGUCGAGCUGGCGGAGGCGUGGAGGGUUGACGGCAACGCAGCCUUCCAGACCAAACAAUUUGCCAGGGCUAAGGCAUGCUACGAGCAAGGGCUUCGUUUGCUCUCUUGCCCCGACAUGUGCACGUUGGCACAGGCUGAGGUCGAGGUUCUGCGCCAGCGCCUAGCCAUACUGCAUGUGAACACGGCUGCGUGUCAUCUACAAGAUCCAGAGAUGUUUGCAGCCACCGAGUGUGAGAAUCAUUGCUCCAAGGCACUGCAGCUCGACCCAUCCAAUGUCAAGGCAUGGUAUCGCCGUAGUCAGGUGUAUGUCCGAGUAGGCGACAUGGACAAAGCCAAGCAUGAUAUCGCUCGCGCCACCAAUCUUGAGCCAACCAACGCCAUGCUACGGAAGGAGCAGGCACACAUCAUCAACCUGGUUGCCGCCGAGGCAAAGAAUCGAAAACAGUUGUACCAGGGUGCUUUUUAA